GCUCUAGGCCACGGCAUCUCUAUGGCGAGCAGCUUUCCCUUUGGGUACAUAUACAGGAAGCGUCUGGAAGUCACGUGAGGGUUUCUCGUGUGUUGGCUGGGCGCGCCGAGGCAUUUGAUCGCGUCCGCUGGAAAGCAAACAAAACAUCUCCAAAAGUAAUCAACAAAUGAAACAGCAACAAUGUUCCACAGGCCAUUAUUUCAGGUGAUGCGCCAGUUUGUAAGACAUGAAUCUGAGAUCUCAACAACCCUAGAAAGAUCUUUAAAUCGUAUCCAACUGCUUGGUCGAGUAGGACAGGAUCCGGUCAUGAGACAAAUGGAAGGAAAAAACCCUGUCACAAUUUUCAGCCUAGCCACCAAUGAGAUGUGGCGAUCGGGAGACAGUGAGGUGGUUCAAGCAGAUGAUGUUACACAGAAGACUACAUGGCACAGAGUUUCCGUGUUCAGGCCAGGGCUGAGAGACUUAGCUUAUCGGUUUGUGAAGAAAGGUGCUCGGAUCUACGUGGAAGGAAAGAUAGAUUAUGGCGAAUAUAUAGAUAAAAACAACGUGAGGCGGCAAGCCACAACAGUCAUUGCAGAUAACAUUAUUUUCCUGACUGAUUCUAAGGAAGCGUUUCCUGAGUCGACUUAAAAGAAAAGGAAUGAAGCAAAUGGGAUUUGGACUGAGGGUUAAGCUGUGCUUUUUUUCCCCCUUUCUAUUGUAAGCUUUUCCUAAUACCAUGAUCAUGUCUUUGUUGU